GCUGCUCGUUGCCUAUUGGUCCAUGGCCCUGUCGCUCAACGCUCGGUUCCUGCUUCCGCUUCUUUCCUCCAUUUCCUGUUAGGCGCGAGCCGAGCGAGCGAGCGAGCGAGCUAAGCGGGGAGCGUGGACUACGAGUUUCCCGUUUCCAUCGUACAGACACCUCUACUGCCAAGAUGGUGAAUGUGCCUAAAAACCGAAAAACCUUCUGUAAGAAGUGUGGAAGGCAUCGGUCUCACAAAGUGACCCAGUAUAAGAAGGGGAAGGAUUCCCUCUACGCCCAGGGAAAGAGGCGCUACGAUAGGAAGCAGAGUGGUUACGGUGGGCAGACAAAGCCGAUUUUCCGAAAGAAAGCGAAAACUACAAAGAAGAUUGUGCUGAGGCUUGAAUGUUCCGACGCUAACUGCAGAUCAAAGAGGAUGCUGGCCAUUAAGAGAUGCAAGCAUUUUGAACUGGGAGGAGAUAAGAAGAGAAAGGGCCAAGUGAUCCAGUUCUAAGCUUUUAUUUUUGAGAAGAAAAUGUUAAAGCUGUAGAAAAAUUACCUGUCUGAAAAUAAAUGCAGUGAUAUUCUUACUCA